AUGUCCCCGCCCGCCAUCAUUGCCCCCUCCAUCCUGAGCGCCGACUUCGGCACCCUGGGCAGCGAAUGCUCAACCAAGAUCGCCCAAGGAUCCGACUGGCUACACGUCGACAUCAUGGACGGCCACUUCGUCCCGAACAUGACCUUUGGCGCUCCCGUCGUGACCAAAAUCCGCUCGCAUGUUGCCCGUCCCACUCAGCCCAACGGCAAAGGCACCUUUGACUGCCACAUGAUGAUCCAGGAGCCCCACAAAUGGGUCCAAGAAUUCAAAGCCGCCGGUUGCGAUCUAUACUGUUUCCACUACGAAGCCGCCAUUUCCUCCGUCGCCGCCACCAGCCCCGCCGACAAGACCACCACCACCAAGACCAGCCCCAAGGACCUGAUCCGGUAUAUUCACGAGGAGGGCAUGCAAGCCGGUAUUGCCAUCAAGCCUGAUACCCCCGUUGAUGUGCUCUGGGAUAUCCUCGCCAAUGAGAACGAGAAGGAGCGUCCGGACAUGGUCCUCGUCAUGACCGUACACCCCGGCUUCGGCGGCCAAAAAUUCAUGGCCUCCGAACUCCCCAAAGUCAAGGCCCUGCGGGAGAAAUACCCCGAUCUCAAUAUCGAGGUUGAUGGUGGCUUGGGUCUGGGAACCAUCGAUCAGGCCGCCGAAGCAGGCGCCAACGUGAUUGUUGCUGGAUCGGCAGUCUUUGGCGCUGAGGACCCCGCCGACGUCAUCGCGAAGCUACGCGAGGCUGUCAACAAGUACAGGACAGAGUAA